AUGGAUUACUUCAAGAUUCUCCCUGAAGAGAUUACAUUAGACAUCUUAACUCGCUUACCUGUUGAAUCAGUUUUGGAGUCCAAAUUAUUUGUUGGUUCUUUUAAUGGUUUGAUCUGCCUUCUGACUCAUGCUGAAAACCAACCUUUUUGGAUUUGUAACCCUAUCACCAGGGAAUAUGUUACACUUCCAAAAAUCAAGAGAGACUGUUUUCAUACUGAUGAAUAUGGUUGUUGGAUGUUUGGAUUUGGCUAUGUUUCUUCGACGAGUGAGUAUAAAGUUGUAGUGAUAUACGUGUCAAAGACGGAGACCCAUGUCGAAGUCCGCAUAUACACCAUAGGCAGUGGAAAUGGUUGGAAAAAGCUCGGAAAGUUCAAUUAUGGAUGGAGUCCAUAUAAUUCUCUAGGCAUCUAUGUCAGUGGAGCUCUUUAUUGGGUGGAUAGAAAAGUAGAGAUGAUCAUCAUCUUCAAUUUGGCUGAGGAAAAGUUUGCUGAACAUCUUUUACCACCUCCGUUGGUACAAGAUCGGCGUUAUAGGACGAUAGGUUGGGUUCUUAAUGGAUUUUUGUCUUUUGUUGUUUUUGUAGCUGCCGACAGAUAUAGUAGAUUUUAUGACAUAUGGUUAUUGAAAAACAAGAACGAGAAUCAUGACAUGAAAGAGGGAGAGGAACAUCAGUCAUUCGUUUGGAGUAAAAAGUUUAGGAUUGAUGAUAGCCAAUUAUUAGCUGUUACAAAGGGUGAUGGUGUUUUUACUUACAGUAGUAACUAUCUCAGCAUUUACGACAGAAAAACAUCUACCUCCAAAAAGCUUGUGAAGUUUACGAAUGCGAUUGAAGUAUACCCUCACCAGAACACCUUGGUUUCAUUGAAACAAUUAGGGGAAGAAGAUACAAAAAUAAUGGAGUCAUUUGAAACUGCGGAGACAAAUAACCAUGAUUAUCCUUUAAAGAAGCUACAGGAGGAUGUGAACCCUGAAUACAUAUACUUAUAA